AUGGCUCAUAGAUAUCAUGAGUCCAUGCUUGACGCCGCCUGCAGACAUUUCCCAAGCAUUCCGAGAAAUGAGGUCAUGUUGCAGACCAAUCGACUCGCUGUUUGCGAUGGCCUUUAUGCGGAAAUCACGGCUGAAGUAUGGGACGAUAUUCUUCACUUGCUUCACUCCGUUGAGGUGACUCGGCGUGUGGAAAUGACUUUGCCCGUCCCACUGCCGCUUGACAAUCAAUUGGUGCCAAGUAAAGUUAACGAACAGGACAGCUGCUCGAACGAUGACGAAGCUUGGUACGUUGACCCAAACCCGUCAGGCCAGGCGCCAGAGUGCGACGACCAAAUCACAAUCAAACUUGUUUCUCGAUCUGGCGAGAUUAGGACUACUAAAAUCUCGAGGGAGAUGCAGGUGGACAAGUUUCUUGCUCAGGCUAGUCAGAUAUUCGGAUAUUCAGGUCUUGUCAGGGCAAUUUUUGGCCAGGUAAGGAUGCAUGCGAACCAAACUAUCGGAUCGUACAACAUCGAGGAUGGCGACUCCAUCAAUAUUCGAGUUGAUGAUUUCACGCGUAUCAAAAAGCCAGUCAUUUAUCUAUACUCGCCCUCCGACAUCGACGUUUCUGUUAAGCUCUCCCUCAUUCCUGAGUGGAAACUAUCUGUCAUCUACCCCGUUGUUACCACAGAAGACAAUGGACGGCGCUUAGAAUGGAAUGUCCGCACCCAUCAAGAUGGCAGUCUGACUGAACGCGAUUCUGGUUUGAAUGUCUCGUACUUGUUCUGGGAGGCGGAGACAAAUUCACAAGCAGCAUCCAAGCCGCAACCAGUGGAUACAUUCAAUCCAGCAUCCAGCAGUCUUGACAACACGGAUUCAAUUGUCACUCCAGUGGACAAAGUGGCCGUUUACCUCGAUAACUCACUCAAGGUUUUGGGACUUCACACCGAAGCUAGAACAUCAUUCAUAACCUACUGGCUACCAUCCAUCCUCAAGCACGAAUACGUUGCCCUCCGAUUUGUCCCUCAAGCGGCAUUCGAACGUGCCGCUUCCUUACGCAUUUCUCCGCAACCCGACGUCGUGACUCGGGUAUUCAUGUUGUUCAAAGGUAUUCGUAAGGAGGACUUGACAAAUUGGACCAAUGCACGAAUUCAAGCAGAGAAAGACGUUGCUUGGUGGGUGGAUGUAAUUGGAGUUGAUCCUGCAAGAGCUGGUGAUGUGACUUUGUUCAGGGCGUUGGAAUGGGGCGGGAUGGAGGUUUCCAUUUGA